GUCAAGGAGAGAACGAUGUCCUGUCUGUUUGCUCGCUGCGUUUCGCAAACAAUGGAGCGAUUUUAUUUUCAGCUUUGUCUGUUAAUUCUCUUAAUUGUCAUAUCAGACUGCAGAGCUGCCUCACCAGAUGUUGAGACUGCGUCAGGGCAUCAGGAAGAAGUCGUACGUCUCUCAUGCUUUAAUUCAAAUGUGACGGGUCCAAAGAGCUGCUACAGGGUCAAAUUGAAAAAGCAUGUCACAAACACCACUCGGAUGGAGCUUAUGUUCAUGUGGCCGAAGAAACGCCAAGAUGCUAAACGUGUGAAAUGGGAAGCUGAUGGAGACGGACGGGGUUGCCUUUAUCUGCUAAAGCUACAAAAAUCAGACGAAGGACUGUACACAUGUGAAAUCUGGCAGGGAUGGGACAUUGUUCUGACCAAAAACGUGUCUUUAAGAGUAAAAGACUGUAAAGGCCUUCCACCAGUGACUGCAGCACCCAGCACAUCUGUUCAGCUCAGCUGCCCAGUGAACGUCACAUCAGGGCAGAAAAAUGUCUCCUGGGGACUGCAGAAAGGAAACAGCCACGUUACUUUGGACUCUAACAGGGUGAAAAUCAACGGCACGUCAUUGGCUAUCCAGUCUGUGACCACCGGGGACAGCGGUUGGUACAGAUGCAGUCACACGUUGGGGAAAACCCAGCGCUGCUUUGUCACCAAUCUUCAGGUCCAAGAAGUGAGAAGCGUUUUCGUGACCACAACAGUUCCGCUUAUCACAGCACAAUCUCAGCCAGCAGUGACGGACAUCGAGGUCGCAUCGAUGAACAGGACAGACGACAGCGGUGAAACUUGGAUCGCACUCACGGUCUCCAUUGUUUUGGGGCUCAUCAUAAUUGCUGCACUGAUCGGAUUAGUCAUGUACCGCAGAUCUAAGAACCGGAGCAUCAAUUAUCGAGACCGCGCCGCAGAGACUACGGGUGGCUACGAGUGUGUGGAUUUCAUAGGCUUGCCAGAGUCUGCAAAUGUACGGACCAACAGUCUGUACCAAAGUCAGGAUGACAGCUUGUACACUUUUCAGUAUUAGUCACGUCCCGCCUGCUGAAGAAGAAGAAGAUGCUUUUCAUCUAAUCCAGAUGCCUUAUGCAUUCUGUAAAAAUCGGUAAUAUACAGCCUCUUUCUUAUUUUCUUUUAUUUUUUUUUUAAUAUAUCUAAUCAUCUGUAUUAUGUACAAUAAAAUAAAGACAUGCUUAAAAGUCCAAAAAACCUUUACAAAGGCGACAAAUUCAAGGAAAAGCUUCAACCCUUGACCUCAUGGGUAAGGGUGGUUUGAUGAGUAUGAAAAUGAUGUGAAUGAGAAGUUACGGCACAAGUUCCCAAUCUAUUUAAACCCCUAUAGGAUUUUUUUUAACCUAAGGUACUAGUCAACGACCUCCACUGUCAUCAUCCAAACCAUAGAUAUGUAUAAUAAAGGCUAGAUGUCUAAAGGCGGCGUUUGGAACGUGAUCACCCUUCGGCCAUCUUGAUUCAGGGAAGCUCUCUGGUCGAACCGGCAGUACGUGAAGGAAAGUGAGUGAUCUGCACGAACGUAAAUACUGUUUUCUCGCUGAAAUCGUGACGGAUUCACAAGCAGUUUGGUUUCUUAAACGUUAACAAUUCCAAUUACAAAAAUACAAAUAAAUACACCUCUGACGUUUCUAACAAACCAAACUGUUUGAAAAUCGGUAGAAAAGUG